AUAAGCGGUGUAGAUGAAAAGUACAAGCCCAUCCGGACCUACCAGGUGUGCAACGUGAUGGAGCCGACCCAGCAGAACAAUUGGCUGCAGACGGGCUGGGUGGCCCGUCGAGGCGGCCAGCGUAUCUUUGUGGAGCUUCAGUUCACGCUUCGUGACUGCAACAGCAUUCCCGGCGUGGCGGGCACUUGCAAGGAGACCUUCAACCUCCUAUACGUCGAAUCGGAUCGGGAUCUCGGCGGCGUGACCCGAGAGGACCGCUACACUAAGAUUGACACCAUCGCCGCUGACGAGAGUUUCACGCAAGGCGAUUUGGGUGAAAGGAAGAUGAAGCUGAACACUGAGGUGCGGGAAAUUGGUCAUCUGAACCGGAGGGGCUUCCACCUGGCGUUCCAGGACGUCGGGGCCUGCGUCGCCCUAGUGGCGGUGCGGGUGUAUUACAAGCGCUGCCUCGCCACCGUCCAGAACCUGGCCAUCUUUCCCGACACGGUAGCCGAGGCGGCUUUUUCCACCUUGGUGGAGGUGCGCGGGAGCUGCGUCAACAACUCCGAGGUGGACGCCGACAGCCCACCCAGGAUGCAUUGCAGCGCCGAAGGGGAAUGGUUGGUCCCCAUUGGGAAAUGCACCUGCAGCGCGGGUUACGAGGAGGGACACAGCAGCUGUGAAGCAUGUCCCCCUGGAUCAUACAAGAUGUCCUCCAGACAGCAGGAGUGCUUCCCGUGUCCUGCAAACAGUAUUUCGGAGGAUGACGGCUCAGUGGCGUGCGUGUGCAAAGAGGACCACUUCAGAACUCCGCUGGAUUCCCCCUCCUCACCAUGCACACGACCCCCCUCACCUCCGAGAGACUUGGUCUACACCAUGAAGCAGUCCACUCUCAUCUUAGAUUGGGCCGCGCCAUCCGACACAGGUGGCAGGGUGGAUCUGACCUACAACUUGGGUUGCCGACAUUGCGGCGGCAGGCAGUGCGAGCCCUGCGGGGCCAGCAUUGGUUUUGUGCCUCAGCAGGUCGGACUAACGGAGAGAACGGUGACUGUGGUCAAUCUCCUUCCCAACACUAACUACACCUUCACUGUGGAGGCUUUGAACGGAGUGUCAGAGCUUCUACCGAACAAAAGGUUCUACUCACAGAUCAACGUGUCAACGAACUUGCCUGCUUCAUCUCUGAUCAGUGAUCUCCGAGCUGAGAAGAUUGAGGAAAAAAGUAUCACGUUGGUGUGGAGGCAACCUUUAUCCCCAAAUCGAAGCCGGACCGAGUAUGAAGUCAAAUAUUACGAGAAGGAGCAAAAGGAUCAAAGUUAUUCUACUGUGAAGACAUCCGCCACACGGAUCAGCGUCAACAACCUGAAAGCCGGCACCACCUAUGUCUUCCUCAUUCGCCCCUUCACCACACCGCCACCCUCCUCCUCACUCUCCUCCUCCCCUCUCUCAUCCUCCGUCUCCUCAUCUUCCUCCUCCGCCUACCCCUCCUCCUCUUCGUCUUCUUCCUCAUCCUCAUCCUCACCUUCUCCCAUCGACUACGGAGCCUACAGCGCUCCCCUGGAACUGCAGACGUUGGGCGAGUUGGCGCUGGCAUCCAGUGAACAAAGUCCCGUGGUGAUUAUCGCCGUCGUGUCCGUGGCGGCACUUGUCAUGCUUCUGUCGAUGGGAGUCGGGCUGCACAUCUGGAGGAGACAAUGCGGCUACAGCAAAGCCUCUCAAGAAGGAGACGAGGAACUUUACUUCCAGUUCAAGAUUCCCACACGGAGGACUUACAUUGACCCGGAGACGUGUGAGGACCUGCUCCAGGCUAUUCACGCCUUUGCCAAGGAGUUGGACAACUCCAGCAUCAAGAUUGAAAGAAUUGUCCACACAGGCGACUUUGGGGAGGUGUGUCGCGGCUGUCUCAAGCUCCCCAGCAAGCGAGAGCUGCCGGUGGCCAUCAAAACGCUACGAGCGGGCUGCUCGGAGAAACAGCGACGCUCGUUCCUCAGCGAGGCCGCUAUCCUCGGGCAGUUUGACCACUCCAAUAUUAUCAGACUCGAGGGCGUCGUCACCAGUGGUAACACCAUGAUGAUCAUAGUUGAGAGCAUGUUCAAUGGUGCCUUGGACUCCUUCCUUAGGAAACAUGAGGGUCAGUUGAGCGUAAUGCAGCUGAUGGAUAUGUUGACUGGAGUGGCAUCAGGGAUGAAGUACCUUGCCGAAAUGGGCUUUGUUCACAAACGCCUGGCUGCACACAAGGUUUUGGUGAAUGCAAAUCUGGGUUGCAAGGUGUCUGGCUUCAGACCUCUUCAAGAGGAUAAGAUCGAAGCAAUCUAUACUACACUGCAUGGAGGGAAGAGUGUGGUGCUGUGGACCGCUCCAGAAGCCAUCCAGUACCAUCGCUUCUCAUCUGCUUCAGAUGUCUGGAGCUUUGGUAUCGUCAUGUGGGAGGUCAUGUCUUACGGGGAGAGACCCUACUGGGAUAUGGGGAACCAAGAUGUGAUCAAGGCCAUUGAAGAUGGCUUCAGGCUGCCUGCGCCGGUCAACUGUCCAACGCAUUUGCAUCAAUUGAUGCUGGACUGUUGGCAGAAGGAGAGAACGGAGAGACCCACCUUUAGUCAGAUCCAUUCGGCGCUCAACAAGAGCAUUCGCUUGCCUGACGCCAUCGGCUCCUCCACGUUGGCACGAAGGACCUUGAGUUCCUCCAUAACACUAGCAGAAAGGCCGCUACCAACCUUCCCAUCAUUUAGCUCAGUAGGCGAAUGGCUGGAUGCAGUGGACAUGGGCCGAUACAAGGACAACUUCACUGCCGCGGGAUACUGCUAUUUGGAGUCGGUGGCACGCAUGACCGUACAAGAUGUACUGAGCCUUGGCAUCACUUCCCUGGAGCACCAGAAGUUGAUCUUGGCUGCUAUCCAGACCCUAAGAGCCCAGGUCAUCCAAAUGCACGGACGCGGUGUUCAAGUCUAACAGACGGCUGCUCGCUCACACGUUUUCCCCAUUACUGUUGGCUAUCACGUUUGGUGUUUGUGUACAGUGAUCUGCCCCCCCGUCACCUUUUCGAAGCAGAUUUGAAAGGGAGCGUUAGUCGAUUUCACAAUUUUUUUUGAUGGGACUAAUGUUAAAACCGGUUUGUAUUUGCUACAAAAUACAGUUUGCGUCGUUUUGCUUGUUCUCGUUUGUCUCUCUUAGUAAUUGUCAUAAUAAAGAAACUCAGGCGGACAGCUGGCAAAUUUUUAUUUGUCAGCCGACUGCGAGGCCUCACGAUUCAACAGUCACGGUUAAAUACGACGAAAGCAGCUUACGAAGAAAAUGCAUCCUCAUGCACAAAAAACAAUUCUGGGACCUUGUUGCUAGAAUGAAUGAAAUGUAAACCGAUCUCCCCAUCUCUUACCAUUAUAUGUUUAAUACUGUAAAUAUGUAUUUGAAAAUGCUAAAUCUAUUUUUAUAAUUUGUUUGAAGAACAAUGUGUUGAAUAUAUCUUCUCACUGUGUACGGGGUAAUUCGUUUGACUUUAGGGCCAAGGCCGACAAACUCUGGUGUUUGGAAUAUUUAAAAAACAAAAAAGAUGACAUUUUUGUUAGUUUUUGAUGAUUUUUACCCAUUGGAAGAAAUUCUGAUGGAUGUUACAAUUACAAACUGUGUUAUUAAAAAAUCUACAAUAUAA